AUGUAUAAAUGGCGGUUUUUGCCGGAGAAUUUAAUAAAACAAUCGCAAACCAUGCACUUUUGCCGUAUAUGUCGCACUGAGAAGAAUCUUAAAUACACAAUUAAAGAGCUCCGGAAAUUUAGUCGAAAGCGAUGUAACGAUAGGCUACUUUGCACUACGCCUACAUUGGGCAACAUUUGCCACGAUUGUGAGGAACGGCUGCACAAUUUUCAUAGAUUAGACGUAAAUGAAGAUAAUGAUGACCGAGUGAUUGUCGAUGAUGACGAACUCUUGUAUAAUUUAUUUUUUGAGAAAGUAGAGCAACACCGCCUUAUGAAACGGUUAAUGGUUGUGGGAGGAGGUGCUGGUGGCGGAGAAUGGAAUACAACAACUUUGCGACAACAAACUUUGGUAGCAGCAACUGCUGGUGUAGCAUUGAAUGUUCCUGAAGAAAUUAUUGAAGUGCUAACGUCACGUGAAAACACUCCCUCACCCGCUUUGCCGAUAUCGUCAACACCAGGAGGCAUACAUCUGUCAGCAGAAAAAUUGAAUACUAUUAAAACACCCAUAAAGGAAAAUGUUCCAACAGAAGUCGGAAGCUCUAUGCCUAAUAUAAAUAUCACUGCCACAAACAUAACUACCUCGACUCAAACCACUGCCUCAAGUAAUAAUGUAGUAUCACCCAUUGUUAACAAUUGUUCUCCCUAUAAAGUGGUCGCGGUAAUCGAUUUGGAUGAUGAUGAGGAUGAUGUACCAACGGACAAAGUUUCUAGUGUGUUGAAACCGCAAAAGACCCUUGAGACAGAUGAGGAGGAAAUAGUUUUUCGCAAAGUUGAUCCCGAUCAGGAUCAAAUUCUCAAAAAAAAUAAAAGGGGGAAAAGGAGUUCUCGAAAAGGGAAAUACCAAAAUCGCCAAUUGAACUUAAUUGCCAGUCUGAGCUUAGUAUCUAGCGAUAGUGAGUCCGAUAUUGAACAUACAGAAAAACAGUGCAGCCCUUUGAAACAAAAUACCAAAACACUACCUGUGCAAAAUGACAAUGAGGGUGCAAACACAAAUCUCCCUUCACCAACUAUAAAAAUUAAUAACAAUAUUAUCGAUGCUAUAUCUUCACCACCAUACGCUGCUCAUGUGCAUCAAGAAGAAAGUUUAGAUGCCGGCGUUAAAUGUCCAGUUUGUCAAAUAGAAUUUCCUGCCAGCCAGCGUCUCAUACAACAUAUGCGUCGAAAGCAUCGAUCCUACGAUGGCGAAGUGCUAUCCGAACGACCACGCUGCGCUCAGGAUUCUGCCAUGACAAUAAGGUUGCGCUACAUGCAACGAUAUAUAUAUUACGAAUGCCAGCUUUGCGGAUGUAUCGAUGCUGCCUUUAAAGUGCACAAGGAACAUGUCAUGCAGAAUCAUGCAGAAGAAUCGAAAUCAUUAAAAGACCCAAUGAUGCAAAAUCUUAAAUGCCCAUUGUGCAAGGAGAAGUGCGGUGCUCAACAUGCUGAUCUCUUACGGCACAUGUUGCACAGUCACAAAUUUGAUGAAUGUGGGGAUUAUUUUCACCAAAUUACCCAUAUCCGGAAUUUAUUCUCCAACUGUGGUCUCAAAAAAGAAAAGGAACUGGAGCGUACGGCUCGUAUCUAUCAAAUAGCUAAACGUAAGCAGUACUUUUUCGAGUGCAUACAAUGUGAAAAAAUUAUUACCGGUUAUUUUAACUAUUUAAAACAUCAGAGCACACAUGGAAAGCCUGCGCCCGAUCACAAUUCCACAGACUGUGUCCCUGAGACUGAAUCAUUGCCGUCAACAUUACCUUCAACGGAAACGGAACCAGUAAAAGCAAAGCAAAAUUGUGUUGAAAUGAAAGUUAAAUUUGAAAAGCCAAAACCCGUUUUGACACCAAAAAAACUACGUUCCAAAGAUAAAAUUUCUGCGCAGACACUUAUACAGAAAGAUGGACAACGACGCGGUCGUAAACUCACCAAAAAGGCAGUUCAAGCGGCAUUGGUUAAAGUUAAAGUAAAGCCACCUCUGAAACAGUUGCCUACACAGCGAUACAAAUGCAAGAUUUGUUUACAAAAAUUCAAGGGAUUUCAUCGUUUGAACUUGCACAUAUUGCGCGAUCACGCGUCUGAUGAUGGGCGUUUGCGCUGUAAAGUUUGUGUUUUACGGUUCGGCGAUAAAAACAAAUUAGAGGAGCAUCAGCAAAAAAGACACCUUUGCAAACAAAAACGCAAGUACGUCGUAAACUGUGAAUUAAAGCGCGUUGAGCAAGACUUUAGUCAUGAAACAGAGGUUGUACCUUCAACAGUUGAUCGUAAACGGCGUCGCCGGAAUUCCCAAUCUAACGAUUUCGAAUCUGAAACGCAAGUAUCAAAAUUGGCUAAGAAAGAUAGUUUAGUUGACGAUAAACAUGAAGCUACAAAAGCAAUAUGGUUACAUGAACUAUUCACAUUGGCAACAAAAUCGCCAAUUGUCAACAGCAGUGAUAAAACUACGCCAGAUUGCAUUAAUCGUCUUGAUUGUAAGGGAAUGCUCGAUAUAACCAAGGAAAGUGCGCUAAGCAGUCCAUUAAGGAUAUUGACCUCUCAUCAGUGCCUUUAUUGUGCGCAUCUCUUCAACAGUAUUGCAGAGCUAGAGUCACAUGAAGAAGUACAUGCGCAACGACAAGAAGCAAAGAUGCUUAAACGCUGCCAAAUUAGAAAUGUUUUACCCAAGCCAAUCCCAUUGUAAGCAGCAAGCAGAGUUUUGGAAAGAAUGUGCAUUUCAUUUCUUGUUUAAUUUCCUUUAAACACCACACGCCAAGAAUUAAUAUUGUAAAAAAUUGAUGGGUUCAAUAAAGCCUUAUUAAUAUUUGUAACCUAAACAUGAGCAUUAAUAGCCUAAACCUUAGUUUCGAGGAAAAUUUUUGUCAUUUGAAAGCCAAUGCAUACGGGAACUUGGAAAUGGACAUUCGUAGAUGAAUUUAUUAUAUAUAUUCAAAGGUUGAUAAAUCUGCAUAUACAUUUAUGUAUGUACACAUAUGCGCAUUUACAACUACGAAAGUAAACUUAUGUUAAACAAUUUAAAUCAAUCGUUGAAGAGUAUAUUUUAAACGUUUUUUAUUUUAGUUUCAAAUCAAUUUUAGUAGUUACAUUAGUUAUACAUAUACGUAUGUAUGUUUCGCUCGAAAUACAUACUGCAAGCAUUUGACUGUGUAUACGAAUAAUUUUUUUAUUAGUUGUUUCAUUUAUUUGUGUUAGAUAUUAAAUUCUAAUUAAUUUGCAAA